ACCUCAAGUAAAAAGGCACAUAUAUCGAGCGUAGAAUGCAAAUUAUUAUCGUUACAACAAAUUAUACUCUGCGUGCGCGUUUGUAUUCGUAGUAGAUGAGGAGGCUGAGAGAGGAAGAGAGAGAAAAAGUGCUGAGACGUGACGUUGACGAGGUUAUCGGCUUCAUCACCGGUGUUACAUGUAUUUGGAUAGCGCUAUUUACAUAGCGAGAUGAAAACGAAUCGUCGGGAUGAGAUGACGACGUGCCACAGCGCAGGUUAACACGCGGUGGUAAACGCGACGCAUUUUUGACAGACGAUCGUCGCAACUCCUCGAUCGGGCAGGCAUGUUCAAGUAUCUCUGGGCACUGGUGUGCUGGUACUUUAGGCCCCUGAUAAAAUGGUUCUUGCGCCAAACCACGCAGAUGUGCGAGCUGCAGAGGAUCUGCUACGGAGAGCCGUCCGGGGCGCCGCGCUCCCUCGCCGUCGAGGAGUCCCUCCAGCAGUCGCGCAACGCGAAUAUCAGGACCCUCGUCGCGUAUCUGAAUAACGUCGCCGACCGCCGUGGUAUCACGACGAAGACAGAGCGGAAGAUCCUGGAGGACGCCAUCAAGACUGUGCUGGUGACGAAAAAGAUCAAUCCCACGGCGCAUCCGACCUUCGCCAAGUCGUUCGGUAAAUGCGUCGAGCUGAUUUGGGGCUACCGCCAGCUCUGCGUGGAGUGCGAGGAGCUCAGGAAGACGUUGUAUAGCGCGGACAAUCCGGACCAUGAGCAGAAACUGCUGAAGCUGUGGAAUCUGCUGAUGCCAUACGAGCCCCUGGAUGCAAGAGUGACCAAGCAGUGGCAGCAGAUCGGUUUCCAGGGAGAUGAUCCCAAGACGGACUUUCGUGGGAUGGGGAUCUUGGGACUGGAGAACCUCAUUUAUUUUGCUCAAGAGUAUCCUAGCAUGGCCACACAUGUAUUAUCUCACUCAAAUCACCCACAUUAUGGUUAUGCGUUUGCUAUAGUCGGUAUAAAUCUCACGAGUAUGGCUCUGAAAUUGCUUAAGGAUGGCAGCGCUAAGACUCAUAUAUAUAAUUCCUCGAAGACCCUGCCGACAAUUCGUGCCUUUCAUCAGUUUUACUGUUAUCUGUUUUACGAGUUUGAUGGGUUUUGGAUCGAAUCAAAGCCUAGUAAUAUGAUGGAGUUCUCGUCGAUACAGGAAAAGUUUGAGAACAGUAUUAGAAUGGCAUUAGCCAAUUCAUCUACUGUUUUUAGGAUAAACAUGGCAGUUGACAAUAUUUAAUGCAGAUUGCCUUUUAUUUGUAAGAACCAAGACCAAAAUGGUUAUAUAGGGAAAAAGUACAAUUUUUAGAGUAGAUAUACAGAACUUUUUUUUUAUUAUGUAUUUUCACAAUGUUGGCUUUCUUGUGAUAUUAAAAUGGCAUUUAAGUAAAUAAUUGACUUAGAAAUCUUUCUAUAAUAAUAUAAUGUGAUUAAAGUCUUGAUGUAACGUGUAUUUUAUUAUAAUUUUAUUGUAAUUUUAAUAGAUGGCCAUACACGUUUAGUUGUUUCCUUCAAUUUACAGAAAUUUAUUUGCGUAGAGUAUAAAGGUUUGUCAUGUAUGUGUUAAGUUGCACAAUACAUUUAGAACUGCUGUGUUUACACAUAGAAUUUAUAUUGAUUUAAAUAUAAUUUUAUCAAAGUUGAAGUUAUCAAAUAUUGUCAGCAGUAAAUCUACAUUAUAUUAAUAAACUUCAAGCUUAAAUAUAGAUUUGCUAUUGAAUAACACGAUAAACAAUUUUACAUUAUCACAAUAUUGUGCCUCAUAUAUUUUAUUUAUUAAUAAUUCAAAGCAUAGUUUCAGAAUUUUAUAGAGCCUGAAAAAGGAAUAUUGAGCUAUGCAAGUCAUUGUAUUAUGAAAGAACAAUAUUGGUUUUAUAAAUUCACAAUACUUGAAUUUAUUAUAUGUAUGUGCGCGAAUUGCAUAUAGGUAAAGUCCAAAAGAUUACUUUUAGGCAAUUAUGAAAGUCUAAACUGCAAGUCUUUAAUAAAUAUUAUAUUGCUAUUGCACAUUAAUAAAAAAUUGAUAUCAACUGAAUUAAAUUAAGUAACUUAUUGGAAGGUUGAAAUCUCAAAAUUGGUAAAAAUUUUUUGCAUCAAAGAUAUAUAUUUCUGUAAAAAAAUUUGUAACAGAUAUUCUUACACUUAUUCUUCUAUACAAUAUUAUGUUUUCCCCUAUUUUCUUUUUAAUAAAACAUCUUACAGAUUGCUCAUAAAAAUUACAUGUGAAAAAAAGCAGCAAUAAAAUCUUAACAGAAGUAACAUUAAUGUACAAUUAAUGGACGUAUCAUAAUAUCAUAUAACUAAUGGAAUGCAUAUGGCUAAGUUUGACAAUAAAGAAAGUCUAAAAAAAAACAAAUAUAAAUACAUUUAAGAUAUCUUUCUGUAAUUUAAUAUUGCUUUACAUUAAAUUUGCUGCUG